AGAAAGCGAAAGAAAUGGCUGCUAAAGAACGAGAAGAGAGGCGUCUUCAGCCACUAGAGAGUCGUUUGCGUAAAGUAAUUGUUGGUCAAGAAGCUGCUAUUCGCACUGUUAGUGCAGCUAUUCGACGCAAAGAAAAUGGUUGGUAUGAUGAAGACCACCCACUGGUGUUCCUUUUUCUUGGUUCAUCUGGCAUAGGUAAAACAGAGUUGGCUAAACAAGUCGCUGCAUAUCUACACAAAGACGUCAAAAAAGGAUUUAUACGUAUUGAUAUGUCCGAAUAUCAGCAAAAGCAUGAAGUUUCCAAAUUCAUUGGUUCCCCUCCUGGUUACGUUGGUCAUGAAGAAGGCGGUCAACUGACACGAGCUCUAGCUGCCUGUCCUAAUGCAGUAGUUCUAUUUGAUGAAACAGAGAAAGCUCAUCCAGAUGUUUUAACAGCUCUUCUACAGUUAUUUGAUGAAGGGCGUCUAACUGAUGGCCGUGGUUCAACAAUUAACUGUAAAGAUGCUAUAUUCAUUAUGACGUCAAAUGUCGGAAGUCAAGUAAUAGCUGAACAUGCACAAGCUUUACGUCAUAGUUCUGGGAAUGAUGAAGCUGAUAUUGAAAUUUCUCGAGAUUUUAAAGAAAAAGUUAUGCGUCCAAUUUUAAGAAGGCAUUUUCUUCGUGAUGAAUUCCUUGGUCGUAUUAAUGAGAUGGUUUAUUUUCUACCGUUUUCAACAUCUGAACUUACAGAAUUAGUCAAUCGUAGUUUAAAAAGCUGGAGUGAAAAGGCACUGAAAAGACACUCACUAACAAUAACAUGGAGUCGUGAAGUUGUUGAUCUAAUUGUAGAUGGAUAUGACGUUUAUUAUGGAGCACGUUCAAUCAAUUAUGAAAUUGAACGUAGGAUAAUUAGUCUUUUGGCUUUAGCUGAUGAACAAGGUCAUCUACAUCCUGGUUGUCAUGUCAAUAUCAGUGUUAGUCACAAAAGUGUUAAAGAUGAAGCUUGGUCAUUGAAAAAGUCAAAUAAUAAUCAGGAUAAUAUUGAACCAACUCAAUCAUCUCCACCACGCAUAGUGCUAAAUGUUACAGAUGCAAAAGGUAAACUAAAACAAGUACUUGAUUUAACACAAACUACUCUGUCUUGGGCAUAGACCUACAAUUUAAAACAAAAUAUCAUUUCUCUUGUAUACUUUGAUUCAACUUUCAAUUGUAUAUCUAGCCUUGAUAAUCAAGUAAUCUUUUCCUUAAUUACUUAUUUGCUCUUUUUCAUACUUCUCAAAACAAAUAGUUCAUAUGAGCGUGUGUAUAUAAUUUCUAAUUAAUAAAAAUGAAAAAUACAA